AUGGGGCAAAUGAACAAUGUGACAGAAUUCAUCCUGCUCGGCCUAACACAGAACCGAGAUGUGCAGAAAUUCUUAUUUGCUGUGUUCACAGCCAUCUACCUUCUCACCCUGAUAGGCAACCUCCUCAUUGUCGUGACCAUCGCCACCAGCCCGGCCCUGGGAUCCCCCAUGUAUUACUUUCUGUCUUUCCUGUCCUUCAUAGAUGGCUGUUGCUCUUCUACCAUGGCUCCCAAAAUGAUUAUGGACUUACUGGCUGAAAGGAAAACCAUCUCCUUCACUGGGUGCAUGACUCAGCUCUUUGCAGAGCAUUUCUUUGGAGGGGUUGAGAUUCUGCUCCUCACAGUGAUGGCCUAUGACCGCUACGUGGCCAUCUGCAAACCUCUGCACUACAUGGUCACAAUGAACCGACGGGUGUGUGGCCUCCUUGUGGCUGUGGCCUGGGCUGGAGGGUUUGUUCAUGCCUUGAUCCAAAUUCUUUUUAUGAUCUGGCUCCCGUUCUGUGGUCCUAACGUCAUUGACCAUUUCAUCUGUGAUCUUUUCCCUCUGCUGAAACUCACGUGCACGGACACACAUACUUUUGGACUCUUUGUUGCUGCCAACAGUGGGCUGAUGUGUAUGCUUAUUUUCUCUAUUCUGAUAGCCUCCUAUAUCCUCAUCCUUUGCUCCCUAAGAACUCACAGCUCCAAAGGACAGAGGAAGGCUCUCUCCACCUGCGCGUCCCAUAUUACAGUAGUGGUCUUAUUCUUUGUACCCUGCAUUUUCGUGUACCUUAGACCUAUGAUCACAUUCCCAGUUGACAAAGCAGUUGCUGUGUUUUAUACCAUGAUCACUCCCAUGUUAAAUCCUUUAAUAUACACUCUCAGAAACACAGAGGUACAAAAUGCGAUGAAAAAGCUCUGGAGCCAAACAGUGAUCUUGGGUAAAAAUUCAUGUGAUUAG